GUGUGAGUGAGUGCACAUCGAAACCAAACGAACGUUGCUAGGGCUAGACUGCUGAGCCGUCGAUUUUGUAAACGUUAAUAAACGGCCUAGCCGUUAAUAUUUUGCGUACCUUUGGCUGCCGGCCCGUCUUAUCUACCAUCAUGACCGACAACCAGUACGCCAAUUACCAGCAACAAAACUACAAUCAAUACAGCCAGCCGCCCCCAAUGUCGGGUGCUCCAGAUACGUCUUACCCGCCUCCUAGUACAGGUGGAUCUGGCUCGUACAAUCAAUACAGUCAGCCGCCUCCGAGUUACCAAAACUAUCAAAACUACCAGAGCAGCGGUCAAGAGAGUAGCCAAGACUACAACCAAAGCCAAAGCUACGAUUCCAACAGUUAUGGAGGCAACGGUGCUAGCGAUGGCAAUGACAGCUAUGGAGGAUACGGGGGUGGAAGCGGCGGUGGAGGUAACGGUGGCAGGGACGACAGAGGAGGAUACAACAGGAGUAAUUCCGGAGGAGGAGGAUACAGUAGUGGCGGAGGGGGUGGUAGUGGUGGCCGAUUUGGCGGUGGAGAUGAAAGGAGGGGCUACAAUGAUCGCUCUGGUGGAGGCUACAACAGUGGCGGCGGUGGCCGUGGUGGUUAUAACAAAGGAGGAUUCAGCGAGCGGAACAAUGACGGACUGGUCGUUCAGGAGGACACGAUUUUUGUAUCUGGAAUGGACUGUGAAAUUACUGAAGACGAAAUCUGCCAGCAUUUUGGCGCUAUUGGGUUGAUAAAGAACGACAAGCGUACUGGCAAGCCCAAGAUCUGGAUGUACAAGGAUAAAGACACUGGUAAAAACAAAGGCGAGGCAACAGUGACUUAUGAUGACCAAAACGCUGCGCGUUCGGCUAUCCAAUGGUUCGAUGGAAAAGAUUUUAAAGGCAACAAAAUCAAGGUUCAGAUAGCUCAACAUAAGAGCAGUUGGUCCGGUGGCCGAACCGGUGGCCGAAGUAGCAGCAGUGACGGUGGUCGGGGUGGCGGUGGCCGAGGUGGUGGUCGUGGAGGUGGCGGCUACGGAGGUGGUGGUGACCGCGGCCGCGAUCGUGGAAGUGACAGCCGAGAUAGAGACGGAAGAAGUGACCGUCGUGAUGGUAGUGGCGGCGGUGGCGGUGGUUCACGAGGUGGCGAUUGGCGGUGUCUAAGCAAUGGUUGCAACAAUACAAACUUUGCUUGGCGUGAUCAGUGUAAUCGUUGUCAAGCCCCCAAGCCUGAAGGAAUGGGUGGUGGAAGUGAUCGAGGCGGUGGCGGUGGAGGACGCGGAGGAGGCCGUGGUGGUGGUGGUCGUGGAGGUGAUCGAGGCGGUUUUAGAAGCGACCGAGGUGGCGGUGGCCGCGGAGGUGGUGGCGAUCGUGGAGGUAGAGGAGGAGGCUUCCGAGGUGAUAGAGGAGGCGGUGGCCGUGGUGGCAGUCGAGGUGGACCUAUGCGAGGAGGUGGCGGAGGUCGUGGAGACAGAGAUCGUGACCGCAAACGGCCUUACUAAGUUUCAUCACCGAAGUAAAUCAUUUCAAGUCGUUGGUUAAACGACUACUAUGUACAUUUUUUUUCUGAAUGUUGACAAUGGAGCAUCAAUGUAUUAUCGAAGUGUCACAUUUAUAUUAUUUUUUACAUGAUUCCUUCCUUAAAUACUCUGAUUGCGUUUAUCAUAGCACGGAAAAUAUUUGUACCCUCAUUGUAUUAAUUGUAGAAGUAUAAUUUACUUUGUAAAAGCAUUUUUUGUAAAUUUUCUGAUCACUGCUGCUUUGGUGUAAUUAUAAUGUAUUACGUUAUAAUCUUGACAAAUAAUUAUAACACAACUAGGUUUUAAUAAAACAGUCUUUAGAUAUAA